CAAGAAGUAAAAUCCACGCCUUUACAUGCCCUUUGAACAAGACGCAACUCAGCCUCCACCACCACUUUACACUGCAGCCUACAAGCUGGCCCUCUCAAUUGACUCGCUUCUGGAGGCAGUGAACAUCGACUCUAGAUCAAUUUUUGAGGCUGGCCUGUCCAUAUCAAGCCCGGCAGCUACAUUUUGGAGAUAAAGUCGUUUCCUCUUCUUUGGAUUCCGUACCUAGGCGGCUCCUCAUGGCGACAUUCAGGAACCUCCCAAACGUAGUAUCAACGGCAUUCGGCCUGUUGUGCAUCACAUCUGCGAUUCCCUUCAUUGGCAUCCCGGUGCCCACCAAGUCUUGGGUCAUUUAUUACGCUGAAAAGAAUAAAUGGUUGUCUGAGCUCUCUGGACGCAGAUUGAGCCCCAAACAGGCGGGUUACGCUGGCGCUCUUUUACGGGUCACUGUUGGCAUCUGUUGCAUGCAUCCAGUCACGCGAGAGGCCGCCCUGGUCCUGAACGGAGUCGUGGUAUCCCGCGGUACUGUGUUGGCACAUCGUGAUGGGCGCCCAAUGAGUCCGCAGUGGAUCAUGUUAAGCGCUAUUGCGCUCUGUCUCGUGCUUGGCAGGCUCUAGUAGCAAUGAAAAUAGGAGAAGCCAGGAGCUGCAUCACGAAGCCUCACGGUGGAUAAUCAUGAGAAGCAGAGAAAAGAUGAGAUACAUAUACUGAGCCAGGGAUGAUAAACCACUCACUAGUGGACAAUUGUUCUAUAAAUGGAUGUGACGUAG